CCCCCGAGCCGUGGCCGUGCCGGAGCUGCUGCCGGCGUGGCGGGGACGGGUCCGUUGCUUUGCGCUGACCGCGCUGCCGCCGAGCCGCCUCCGCGCGCCGUGGAUGCAGCCAGGGAGCGGGCGGAGCGCGGCGCCGGGAAGGGGUGCCGCCGCUGCUGCGGGAGCCGACGUACAUGCGAGUGCCCUCUCCGCUCACCAGUAUGCUCUACUUCCAGAUGGUGAUCAUGGCAGGGACCGUGAUGCUAGCUUAUUAUUUCGAAUACACGGACACCUUCACGGUCAACGUGCAAGGCUUCUUCUGCUACGAGGGCGCGUAUCGAAAGCCCUACCCGGGCCCAGAGGACCGCAGCGCUGUACCUCCGGUGCUCCUUUACUCGCUGAUGGCAGGCGUGCCCGUGCUGGUGAUUAUCGUUGGAGAAACUGUAGUGUUUUGUCUACAGUUAGCUACAAAGGAUUUUGAAAACCAAGAGAAAACAAUAUUAACUGGAGACUGUUGUUAUAUAAAUCCGCUGGUGCGAAGGACCAUCAGAUUCCUUGGAAUUUAUGCAUUUGGACUGUUUGCUACGGACAUAUUUGUAAAUGCUGGUCAAGUAGUAACAGGGAAUCUUGCACCACAUUUUCUUGCACUUUGUAAACCAAACUACACAGCCCUUGGAUGUAAACAGUACACACAAUUCAUCAGUAGUGUGCAUGCCUGUACUGGAAAUCCAGAGCUUAUCAUGAAAGCCAGGAAGACUUUCCCCUCCAAAGAAGCAGCACUGAGUGUGUAUGCAGCUAUGUAUCUGGCUAUGUAUAUCACCAACACAGUAAAGGCCAGAGGAACAAGGCUGGCAAAACCUGUUCUGUGUUUGGGCUUAAUGUGCAUGGCUUUCCUUACUGGAAUCAACAGAGUGUCAGAGUAUCGAAACCACUGGUCAGAUGUAAUAGCAGGAUUUGUAAUCGGAAUAUCUAUAGCAGUGUUUCUGGUUGUUUGCGUGGUAAAUAACUUUAGAGGACGUCAGCCAGAGCAUGAACAUUCUCAUAUGGAUAAUCUGGCCCAGAUGCCUAUGAUCAACAUACCCAGAGUUGAAAGCCCUUUAGAAAAGGUGUUACAGAAUCAAGGUCUUAGCACCAGUCAAGAACAGCUUUUGCAAGGCACUUCCCUCGGAGCACGCAUUACCAGGUUCUUCUCCUGGAUAGGACUGGACAGCUUCAUCUCUGGCAAUAAACACGUGUGCAAGAGUACCCCGAGUGUGUGUGUGGGGAGGAGGGGAGGUGUGAAGCAUAGGCAGAUGGAGUGCGGCAGCAGGAUUCUGUGCAGCUCUGCUACUUUUUCAAGUGGGAAUUGCACCUGAACCUAACCUUUCCUCCACCACCAGCAUCAAAUACACUCUGCUGGCCAGAGAAUUGUAUCUACAUUACAGUCUUUAUGGGAGAAGGUAUCACAGGCCUGACAGACUAUAGUAGGUUGACUGUUGACAAACUCCACUAUGUUAAGGCCUACAAAUAAAUUUUCAAAUUUUCAUUUUAGAAAAAAUGGAUUUUUUUUUGUUGGAAUGAUGGCUGGGUUUGAGUAUUUCUAACUGUAUCCAUGAGAACAAAAAACUUCCAAGUAAAAGAAUAUCUAAUAUGCGUAAUGAAAACUGCCAACCACAUAAAAGGUGACCCUUUUUUUUCCCCAGUGCUUUAACACUGUAGAAUCACUUAUAAACAGAGUUUAACCAAAAUCUUAACAGCUGAUAAACAAGUAUGGAUUGUUUACCCCUCCAGAAACCUGCACUCAAGGCUUAGCCUUUAGUUUUCAUUUUGCUGUUGGUGUAAGAGCAUAGCUCUGAAGCGUGCCUUGUUUGUGUGAUGCUGACAUCAAGCUGAUAGCACCAGUUCAGAAUGAUAAUAGAACAGCUGGCAUGCCUGUCUGCUAAACCACUGCCACUGAGCACACCCCCUUCAUGUUAUAAUUAUUUUGAGAACCAUGAUAAAAAUAAUUUCCCAUGGAGUUGGAGAAGCUGAGGUCUUGUGCAUGGUUUGGUUUUGGUUUUGUUUUUUGAUUCCUUGUCUCCUGCAUCUGUGUGAAUGUUUGCUGCUGGUGGUUGUUACGGCAUGCUGAACUUUGUCAUGGUAAUCUAAGUAAAAGAGUGCAGUAAAAGAGCUGAAAUGCAGUUAUGUAAGAGGGAUGCUGUUUGGUCUUGAUUUUUUGGGGUUUGGUUGAUUGGUUUAGGGUUUUUUUGUUUUGUUGUUGUUCCUUUGGUUGGUUUCUUUUCUGUAAAGAGUCUUAGCAAUGCUUAUUUAUAGUUUUGCCUGAGGCAAUAUCAUAGGAAAAAGCAUGAACACACCCUGCCAGUUGCAUGAAUCUGUAUCAACGAUUCUUGCUAUUAGCAAGUGAUUAUUUUGGCCCUAGUUGUCCGUCACCCUGAUGAGUCUGUUAGGAAUGAAUGGGCAAGUCCUUGCUAGGGUCUGAAUCAACAGCUCUGCAUCUGGUAGCUUAGCACUUCUUUCUGAGGGCUUAUUGAGGAAAGGGCAUUUUCUACUAUGUUGUUGUAGCCCAUGCCCUGAAUAUCCUUCCAAGGGUGCUGUCCUCAUUUUGGAAGCAUAACUGGCAGGAACACAAACCGUAUUCUCCUUUCUUAAGUAUAGGCUGUCCAGUCCUGAAUUAAUGCCACAUGAAAGAACAUUUGGUUCUCUGCAUCACAGGCAAAUGUGUGUUGCUCAGCGAAAGGGAUAGCAGGACUUGAAAGCAUCGAUUGGAACAAACAAGGAAGAGUUCUUUUCUUCCACUUCAUCAUUUUUAAACCAUUUACUUAUCAACAAAGUGAGUAAUUUUAGACCAAUGCUUGUCUAAGUUGACAGAUAAUUUACAGAUCUAAAGAAGGAAAAUAAUAGUAAGUGCUUUGAAGAAAAUCUCAUGAUAGCCUCACAGCAUCUCCAGAGUCAUCAAGUUUGCCCCAGUCUAUUGCAUUUCCUUGGCCAGCCAGCUCAAACAUUUCAAGUUGUUAAUGUUCUGUUUCCUAAUUGGGAAAUCUAAUUCUUCUUUUCUUCUGCAUAAUCAAAAGCUUGAAACAAUGGCAUUUGCUAACAUCAUUUACUGAAAACAUACAGAAAGUUGCACACUGGCUUUAAAAAAAAAAUCUGGUGUGGUUUAAUCGUUAUUUAAAAUAGAUUUUUUUCCUAUUUAUAGACAGAUCUCCACAGAUGUGGUGGUGUCCUCCUCUGAUAGCUGUCAUGCAAUGCAGCAAGAACAUUAAUAGAGCUAAAAUGCAUUUUUCAGGGGAGAGGGAAGAGAGCUCCCCCUCCUCCUAGACACAGCACAGUGAAGAGGGGUGUGGUGGAUUAGGAACUCUUCCCUCACAACUAGUUGCAGGAUUACCAGACCAGCUCAGACACCUUGGCAGUUAAGAUGAAGGUCUAUUUACAGCAUGACAAAAUUCACAAGCAUAUAUGUACAAUAUACACAACUAAUUAUGAUUAUAUAAAAGUUAGAAAUAACGCAGAAAUACAAACUCCCUCCUGGACAAAGAAAACUACCCAGAAGGGCUCAAAGCUACCCCUCCCCUUCCUCUUUUUCUCCCCCCUCUAUCUCAGAUGGACAAAGAAAACAAAGCAGAAGCCAGUAGCAGCCAGCAAAGUUUACAUGUUAGUUGCUGACAUUAGAGAUGAGAUAUCAUAGCAGAUCACAUUUAAAAGGAAAUUAUUAGAUCAAGCAGCACAGACCAGAGAAACAAACAGGGCAAUAUCCUAGGACAAAAUGAGAGAACACUGUUUAUAUUUUGACUUUUUAUCCCUCUCAACAAACCAAUGAAUGAAACAGACAUCAUCAUUAUUUUUUUCACAACCAAUGAUGUAAUUUCUCUCACUAAAAUAUUCCGAUUAGCCUCAAACCAGCACAAGAGGGAGAAGAACUCCCAGCCCUGUUUGCAGAGAGGGCAGUAAGGUAGUUCUGCUGUGCUCCUUCUCAGGGUAAUUCUGAAUGCCUUUCUGUAAUGUCAAAGACAGCUGCCUGCCUGACUCUCCAUGGACCAGUAGACAAAUAUCCAGACACUUGAAAGUAAGAACUGAGAAAUAGCAUUGAAUCAUUGUAUUGGAAAUUAACAAUAAGUUAUUAAUUAUGAAUAUUAAUUUAUGUAUAAAGAUUAUUUUGUCAUAUUAAAAAUCAGGAAAAUUC